AUGAGUCACUCUAAUAUUCCUAAAGUGACAAAUCUUCCAGGAAGAAAGUUAUUUGCUCUUUCACUCUCGAAAAAAUGUAAGACCUACAAAUGGCCCCAAGAGGAUAUAGAGGAUCGUGUGGCCAGUGAUUCCCGGAUUAAACCUCAGAAACGGCUACUUACUCCUUUUCUGUUCGAUAAAUCCAUCACUCCUAUUCCUAAGGACGCAAGUGAGAGAACCGAGUUUCCAUUCAGAAAUACAAACUUCUUUAGUGAAAUUUUAUUUGAAUGGUGCGUUCCUAUUAUGAGAAUUGGUUAUCGAAGAACUUUAGAACCUGAAGAUAUGUAUGCCAUCUUUCCUGGCUCUCGUUAUGACGUACGAGUGAAAUCGAAAACAUUUGUUUCCGCCUUUUAUAAGAGGAAAGCAGAAGCCGAAGAGAUGUAUCUUCAUUUUGAGGGUCUUGAAUCUACAAAGGAGAAUCGAGAAGGACUUCGAAAUGAUAAGCAUUUUAAGUACCCAAAGAAUCUUGUCUUAAAAGCUUUGUACGACACUUUCAAAUAUGAUUAUGUCACUGCAAUAUUUAUCAAGAUGAUGGCAGAUAUAGCCACAGCCAUGAAUGCCUUACUUGUGAGGGCUUUGAUUUCAUAUAUCAGUAGGGCGGCAUCAGGUGAGCACGUUGGUGCUGAAGGUUAUGGUUAUGCCGUUGGUAUAUCUGCCAUUGUUAUGUUUUGUGGUUUAUGCUUUGCCAGAUAUUUUCACGACUCCGCUUUUUGCGGUGCAGAAAUCAAGGGUAUCUUAACGAAGGUUUUGUUGGACAAAUCUUUCAAAAUGGAUAGGGCUUCUAGAAGUAAAUAUCCACCUUCUUCCGUAACUUCAUUCCUUGGAAAUGAUUUAUCGAAAAUUGAUUUGGCUGCCAAUUUCUUUGCGUUUGUUACAAAUUUACCGGUUGGCUUAGCUAUCACCAUCGUUCUUUUAGCCGUAAACUUGGGUGGAUCUGUUCUUGUCGGUGUUGCCUGGUUUAUUAUCGUCACAAUAGCAAUUACCUUUUCCACAAAAUUGCUAAUGAAAUUGCGUGUCAAGACAAACGUUUCCACAGACAGGCGUAUAAGAUAUGUGAAGGAGGUUCUCGGUAGCAUAAAGAUUAUCAAAUAUUAUGCUUGGGAAAUCCCUUACUCUCAAGUGCUUGCUCAAUUCCGUCGUUCUGAGAUGUCAAGAAUAUUGCAAAUACAGUUCAUAAGAAACAAUCUCACUGCUCUGGCCGUCACUUUACCCGGUGUUUCUGCUAUGAUUGGAUUUCUUGUUAUGUAUGGUGUCAGCGGUGGAUUGAAAAGUCCUGCUCAGGUGUUCUCAUCUUUAGCAUUAUUCAAUAUUCUAACUGGUCACGUUGCAAUGUUUCCAACGGCUCUUACCACGGCCGGUGAUGCAUUGGUCGCUUUUCACCGAGUUCAGCUGUUCUUACUAGCUAACGAUGAGUUGCCAGAUCCAGAAUAUCAUGAAGAGGCUAUAGAUUUAGAAAAUAAGGAUGCUAUCAGUGUUGAUCAUGGUUGUUUCACUUGGGACCUGCAUAAUGAAUUGUUACUCUUGUCUGCGGCAACAACCGAGGAUCAGGGAACUGAACACAAGCAUACCCCUACAGAAGAAAAGCAUGAUCCGUCUGAUGAUGUUGAUUACGGCUCGGAUACUAUUGAUGAUGGCUCGAAUAUAGUUGAUGAUGGUAUGUCUUUCCAUGGUUUACGAAAUAUCAACUUACAUAUUAGACAUGGUGAGUUUGUCGUCGUCACGGGCUCUAUUGGAUCAGGUAAAUCUUCAUUACUAUCUGCUAUCAAAGGCGCUAUGCCAAGGUCUAAUGGAUCAAUCACUAUUUCUGGAAAUGUCACACUAUGUGGAUCUCCAUGGAUCCAGAAUACUACCGUGCGCGAUAAUAUCUACUUUGGUAACGAUAAGAAUUUUGAUAAGUACGAGGAGAUAGUUGAGGCUUGUGCUUUGGUCAGCGACUUUGAUAUUUUACCGGCGGGAGAUCUAACAGAGAUUGGUGAAAGAGGUGUGAACCUUUCUGGUGGUCAAAAGGCAAGAAUAAAUCUUGCUCGUGCUGUUUACAACGUCUACGGAGUUUCAGAGAACAACAUUAUUUUAUUUGAUGAUGUCUUGAGUGCUGUUGAUGCUAAAGUUGGCAAACAUAUCAUGAAUAGCUGCAUGCUUGGCUUAUUGAAAGACAAAACCAGAGUCUUGGCCACCCAUCAAUUAUCUCUUAUUGGCUCUGCUGAUAGAAUUAUUUUCAUGAAUGGUGAUGGCACUGUUGAUGUUGGUACUAGAUUAGAGCUUAUCUCCAGGAAUAAUGCCUUCGCAGAGUUAAUGCAAUUUCAAAUGGAGAAGAGCGUUUCCAAAGGAAGUAGUACAAACGGCAUUGAAGAAACACAGCUCGAAGAAGAGGAUAGUGACUAUGCGGAUGGAGAAGAAGAGGAUCUUAAAGUUAUUCGUCGUCAAACGACUACCAAAGAAUACGAAGAAGAGAGAAAGGGCAGAUUAAUCAAAAUUGAAACUCGUAAAGUUAACUCCAUUCCAAUGUACAUUGUUUUGGCUUACAUUCGUGAGGGAUGUGGCAAGUUUGGUAUGAGAUUUAUGAUUCCAAACUUGAUAUUGAGUAUCACAUUCACAACUUUCUGCAUGCUAUUCCAGAAUGUCUGGUUGUCCUUUUGGACCAGCAAACAGUUUGGGCAGAGAACUGACGGCUUUUAUAUUGGCCUUUAUGUGAUGUUCGCUUUUCUUUUUGUCAUCUGUGCUGCCUGGCAGUUUUGCACAAUCGUCUAUCUUUGUAACAACGCUGCUAAGAACUUGAACAUUAAGGCCAUGAAACGUAUUAUGCUUGCUCCCAUGGAAUAUUUUGACACCACUCCUAUGGGUCGUAUUCUUAAUAGAUUCACUAAGGAUACCGAUACAUUGGAUAACGAAAUUGCCGAGCAGGCUCGUCUUUUUUGUUUUGGUAUCGGUAAUAUGUGGGGCAUCUUGAUUAUGUGCUGCAUCUAUUUACCAUACUUUACCAUAGCCAUUCCAUUCAUUAUUGCUUGGGUGAUUGGAUGCUUUUCAUACUAUCAGUCUAGUGCUCGUGAAAUUAAGAGGAUUGAAGGCAUCAAACGAUCUGAAGUGUUUUCCAACUUUGAUGAGGUGUUGCAAGGCUUGGAAACAAUCAAGUUUUACAAUGCUGCUCCCAGGUUCUUAAGAAAAAGUACCAGUCUUAUUAACAGUAUGAACGAGUCGUAUUUGCUUGCCAACUCGGUGCAGCGUUGGUUAGCUGUUCGGUUGCAUAUGUGCUCUGCUUUUGUCAAUCUUCUCAUAGGAAUUCUUGCUGUUAGUAGAGCUUUUCCUAUUAGUGCGGCAAAUUCUGGUUUGUUGGUGUCGUACCUUGUUUCGUUCAGUAUGCAAUUGAUUUCUACUUCACGUUCUAUGGGUCAACUCGAACAGUACUUGAGUUCCGUAGAAAGGCUUUCUGAGUUUGCAUUUGAGCUUCCGCAGGAGAAAGCCUAUCAUUCAUCAAAGGAAUUACUUCCACGGAAGAGUUGGCCAGAGAAAGGAGAGAUUACAUUUAAGAAUGUUUAUUUGAGAUACCGACCUGAAUUGCCUUAUGUCUUGAAGGACUUGACUUUGCACAUAAAUUCAUGUGAGAAGAUAGGUAUUUGCGGUAGAACAGGGGCCGGAAAAUCGACAAUUAUGACAGCUCUUUACAGAUUGAGUGAGCCAGAAAAAGGUGAAAUCGAAAUAGAUGGAGUCAAGACUUUAGAUAUUGGAUUAUAUGACCUUCGUUCGAAGCUCUCUAUUAUUCCUCAGGAUCCAGUCUUAUUUCGUGGUAAUAUCAGACAAAAUUUGGAUCCGUUUGGUCAGCGAGAUGAUGCGACAUUGUAUAAAGCUUUAGUCACAGCGGGCUGUAUUGCUUCUGAGGACCUCGAAAAAGUCAUCUCGGAGCGACCAGACCACCCAGAAGGGUUACACAAGUUUCAUUUGGAUAGCUUUGUGGAAGACAAUGGUGAGAACUUUUCACUUGGACAGCGACAAGUGUUGGCCUUGUGUCGUGCUUUGGUUAAAAACACGAAAAUCCUUAUCUUGGAUGAGGCCACUUCGAGUGUAGAUUAUGAGACAGAUGCAAGAAUUCAGAAGACAAUCUCUACAGAAUUUGCUGAUUGUACUAUUCUCUGCAUUGCCCAUCGCUUAAAAACUAUUGUGAACUAUGAUAGGAUUCUUGUUAUGGACAGGGGAGAGUUGAGGGAAUUUGAUACCCCAUGGAAGCUUUACAACGAUAAGGAGACUAUUUUCCGUUCUAUGUGUGAUAAGUCCGGAAUUAAUUCUUCUGACUUGGAAGAGAAAUACUAA